AUAAUCCGAAAGCAUCGGGCUGUUGGUGAGUGAUGAGAACCAAGCCAGCCCCAUGAGUAGAUGCGGCCCGGCCUAACUAGAUAAUGCCAGCCUGGCUAUGACCUAAUCCCAUCUGGUCUAAAGUGUGGAACCAUAGAGGAGUUCAGGACUAAGAUCCUCUGUAUUAAAAGAGCUAAUGCGGAGGAUAAAUAGUCAUCUACAUUAGCUCUCAUCUGAGAUGGGACAUUUCGGACGGGUUAGAUCAGUGGCUACAGAAGUGCUACAAUGCAUAACUACAGUACCAACUCAGGUAUAUACGAAACAGGAGAACUGUUUUCACAUUAACAAAUAAUUAAUUAAUAUAAAAUACUGUCCGAGUCCCUCCAGGCCGGCCACAUCUUCAAAACUCAAAACCAGAGCCCGAGUCACACGUGCCAACACUCCCAAAUUCCCAAACCCACCACCAACAUUAAUAAAAUUACAAUAGAGCCCUCCUCCAGCUCCCCCCCCCCCCCCCCCAACACUACCAUCCCCACCACCACCACCACCACCCUCCUCGGCCUCUUCCGCCCAAACCCUAGCCUCGCCUCGCCGGCCUUCCACCGCUUCUCCUCUCCGGAGAUUGUGUGUCCGCGAUGAGCGAUUCUGGCUCGGCCCCCGUCCACCCUAACGCGCGCACCCCCGAGGACGUCUUCCGGGACUUCCGCGGCCGCCGCGCUGGCAUCGUCAAGGCCCUCACCACCGAUGUGGAGAAGUUCUACAAGCAGUGCGACCCAGAGAAGGAGAACUUGUGCCUCUACGGACUACCUAAUGAAACCUGGGAAGUGACCCUUCCGGCUGAGGAAGUUCCUCCUGAACUUCCAGAGCCAGCACUGGGAAUAAACUUUGCUCGUGAUGGAAUGACCGAGAAAGAUUGGCUGUCGCUGGUAGCUGUCCACAGUGAUGCAUGGUUACUGGCUGUGGCAUUUUACUUUGGGGCUCGCUUUGGAUUUGAUAAAGAAGCCAGGAGACGGCUCUUCAUGAUGACCAGUGGUGUUCCCACUGUAUUUGAAGUUGUGACAGGAAGUGGGAAGAAGCAAUCAAAAAACCCCAACGGCAACAGCAAAAACAAGUCGGACCCUAAACCAUCCAAGAAACCCAAUUCUAAUAGCAAACCAGCAAAGCAGCCCCCACAAAAGCAUGAGGAACCAAUCAGCAAAGAAGACAAAGGCGUUGAGGAACAGGCUUACCUGUGCGGCUCUUGUGGAGAGAGAUACGCAAAUGGUGAAUUCUGGAUUUGCUGUGACGUUUGUGAGACGUGGUUCCAUGGUGACUGUGUCCGCAUCACUCCUGCCAAGGCGGAGCACAUCAAGCAGUACAAGUGCCCCGGUUGCAGCAACAAGAGAAGCAGAGAGUGAGCAUGGAACGCUCCUGGCUGAUGUAGUUAGAAUAGUAGUGCUUGAACCGGGGGAUUCUCGCUUCCUUACUGCUGUUUCGGCAGCGCCGGUGCCCCCUCGUCGUCGUAUUACUUCUAUCUCGACACUGAACGUAGUAGUUAGUACUGUAGUGGCCGCUGCUGCUCUUGUAGUGCACUAAUGUUAAUGGAUUGUCAAGCGUAGAAACUCUCUUUGAGUAAUGAAGUGGUUUCGUAGUGUAUGGUAAUGAUGCUUUUCUUGCA